UCGAAAGAACCUCAACUGACAGCUGAGAAAAGAUACAGAACCCUAAAGGAAAUUCAAAAAAAUAGUUUUCAACUGCACUCCGUGUGUUUUUGGAGUUCAACUUUUUGCCCCUCUUCUGUUUUGUGGGGAAAAAGUGUAGUAUACAUUUGUGCGCUCCCAUUUGAAUAGAAUUGAAAGACUAAAGUUAAAAAAUCCAUUGAAAUCAGUGCUCGCAUUAUUUGAAUUUAAAUACUAAACAGUGUUGAAUUAUAUAACAGUUUGUCAUCAACCCAAAGGGUAAAAGGAAAUAGGAGCAAAAAUGUUUUACUUGAAGCCCCGACCAAGUCAAGGCUACGCCUUAGUCCUCGUCUGCAUGGCGUUCCUUCUGAUGUACCAUCCCACCCAGGCCGAGACGCCUCCAGCUCAAGGCACUCCCCUGAGCAAUCUGUAUGACAAUCUGCUGCAACGCGAGUACGCCGGACCCGUCGUCUUCCCCAAUCACCAGGUGGAGCGGAAGGCCCAGCGCUCUCCCUCGCUGCGUCUCCGCUUCGGACGCAGUGAUCCGGAAAUGCUGAGCAAUAUAGUGGAGAAACGCUGGUUCGGCGAUGUCAACCAGAAGCCAAUACGGUCUCCAUCCCUACGCCUGCGGUUCGGCAGGCGGGAUCCCAGCUUGCCGCAAAUGCGACGGACCGCCUACGAUGAUCUGUUGGAGCGGGAGCUCACCCUUAAUAGCCAGCAGCAGCAACUGGGCUCUGAGGGGGAUCUGGACCUGGUCGACGACUAUGACAGUGCUUUUGAUCGUGUGGUGCGAAAGCCACAGCGUCUACGCUGGGGACGCAGUGUUCCUCAGUUCGAGGCAGCCAAUGAAGACAACGAUCAGAUGGAACGCUCACAAUUGUACAAUUCCCUGUUGAACUCGGAGAGAAUGCGUCGCAUGCUUUUGUCCCUGCAGCAGCAGCAGCAGUACGAAGCCCCUGGACAUGUGGCCAGAUUCGCCAACGAAGAUGAUAAUGAGGCGGAUCUGGAGGAAGACACCUCUGAGUUCCAGCGAGAGGCAAGGAAACCGAUGCGUUUGCGGUGGGGACGAAGCACUGGUAAAGCUCCGGCCGAUCAGAAGAAAACUUCAGAGGAACCUUCAUCGGUGACUCCCAAGACCCAGGACUAAAUUUCACGGAUGAUGGCCAGGGCAACUCCAGAGAAAUGCCAACCAAUGAAAGGGAAUCGGAAGCAAGCUACACGGUCAAUGUCCCAUGCCAAAUAUGAUACGGAAAAACCUUUGAACCCAAGUUAUAAACAGUUUUUGAAAGCAUUUUGAGGUACGCAGGGAGGCAUGGGCUGAGGAAUAAAUACAUAUAAACUUAUAUCUUAUAUAUACACACAUACGAUUAACCACAACUGUGCAAAUUUUGGGUUUGAGGCCAAAGCUGACAUACUCACUUGUCUGUAAACUUUAACAAUGCGCAGGUAAACAAGGUAAGCCCGUUUUAUAGACUUGGAGUCUGUAAAUUAAAGAGUAGAUGUAUCUGUUUUCUAUCUGUAAAUGAGUUAGAAUUGAUCACACAGUUUAAAGAAUUUUCUAUCCCCCCCUGUUUAAAACAUAUAUGUUUUCUGGAAUACAACAAAUUUGGAAAUCAUCCAAUCCUAACGUGCUCAAUUAUAGAAAUUUCGAAAUAUUCAAUUAUCCCAAACUUUUAGCCGGUAUGUAUAUAAAAGAAAUAUAUAUUAAACAUUUUGAACAUAGCGAAAAAUCAGUUUAAAACGCUAGAAACCUAUAGAAAUAUUAUUCUAAAGAAAGAUGAACUUUUGAUUUCUAAACUUUUAAGCAAACUUCGAUUUAAUGUUACGACGGAAGUGUUUGAAAAACAUGUUGAAGCCCCCGGAAGCUGUAUUACUGUAACACUUGUUAUAUUAUGUGUGCUACAAAUUAUAUAUGUAUAUCAACUCUUAUA